GUCUCCCACCUUGUCAUGACACAUGUCAUCCCUAAUUACACUUGCGGAUAGCGGGCGCACGACAUUGGCCAGUCCUCGGAAAUGCGGAUCGUAGACCGCAAAGAAUGAUCAGCUUUGCCGACGAUCCUCCUCUCCUUUGUACCUCGAGGUUCCCUCACCUGCCUGUUCCUCCGGGUGCUGUCUUCGUGGCCAGUGGCUGCAAAGUCUUCUUUGAGUCAAGUCGGUUUCCGUUCGACAUUCAACAUGCAGUCCACUCUCAUCCCUGUUACCGACGGGCAAACACCAGAGAAGGAGUCGGCGACGACCACGGCGGUCACGGUCGACGAGGGCGUCAUCUAUGUAGACUUUGAGCCGGGCGACCCGCGAGACCCACUGACCUUCUCGCACAAGAAGAAGUGGACUAUCACUCUCACGGCGUGUAUUUUUACGAUCUUGGUCUCGACCUCGUCUUCAACGUUUGCUAUGGGUUACGAUUCCAUGAUGCGAGACCUGAAGUGCACGGAGUUUGAAGCAACCCUCGGCCUCAGUCUUUAUAUAAUCGGCUUUGCGGUAGUCCCACUGUUUACAUCCUCGUUCAGCGAAGAGUUCGGCCGACUGCCUCUUUAUAUCGUCUGCGCCUUCUUCUACACCUUGACGCAGGUGAUGGCCGCCUUAGGAACAAAUAUCACGAUGGUCAUCGUUUCACGUCUGCUUUCGGGCGCGUUCGGGUCUACAGGUGCUACCGUUGUGACCGGAACGAUUGCAGACAUCUGGCUACCCAAGGAUCGUGGACUCCCCAUGUCGUUGUACGCCUUCUCCGCAGUCGCAGCGACAGGAUUCGGCCCCUUGAUAGCUGGUUGGAUCGAGGCAAACCCACACCUAGAGUGGAGAUGGAUUCAGUGGAUCCAUGCUAUGUUUAGCGGUGCAUACUUUAUCUUGGUCGUCAUUUACAUGCGUGAAACACGCGUAGCGAUUAUCACCGCCAGCCUUGCGCGCAAGAUGCGUAAGCAGACGGGUAGCGACCGCUAUCGCGCAAGGAUAGAAGACAGCAACAAAAACAAGGAUUUGAAACAGCUCAUCUGGGUGUCGUCCACGCGGCCUUUGUUCUUGCUCCUCACUGAGCCGACGGUGCAAGUCCUCGCUCUCUGGGUUGGAUUCACUUGGGGCGUACUGUUCUGUCUAAUCGAGUCAAUCUCUCCAGAGCUCCAGAGCUUCUACCACUUUGGAGUGGGAGAGACUGGAAGCGCUUUUACCUCUCUGGCAUUGGGAAGUAUCAUCGGCUUCUUUGCUACGAGGUAUCAGGAAACCCUAUACCAUAAAUAUGUCGCAAUCAAAGGACAAGAGGCUAGGCUUUACCUUGCCAUGGCGGCCGCUUUUCUGCUUCCUAUCGGCGUCUUCAUGUGGGCCUGGACGGCUAACGCCUCCGUACCAUGGAUUGUGCCUUUGAUUGCUCUUACGAUUUUCAUGACUGGUGCAUACAUUGUAUACUUUGUGGUCUUUCUGUACCUCGCGGAUUGCUAUGGGAUGUACGCCUCUUCCGCUGUCGCGGGCCAGAGCCUUUUCCGCAAUAUACUCGCGACCGUCUUUCCCCUCUUUACGACCCAGAUGUUCGAUAAAAUGACGUACAAAUAUGCCAACACCAUGUUCGGUUGUAUUGCUAGCCUCAUGGCACCUAUCCCCUUUGUCCUUUUCUUCUACGGCUCCGAAAUUCGCCGACGGAGUACGUUCUCUCGCCAAACGCUAGAGGCGGAGCAAAAACGGAUAGACGCAUCAAAGGUUUGAAUGUGGAGGAUGAUUUAGAGUUUCUUUCGAUCUAGACGCAGCUUUUCUUCUGGAUAGGUAUGCUGGGUAUGCAUUGUAGAUCACAGGCUUGAUGCUGC